UCCUUUUAAGAGCAUCUCCAGCAGACUCGGGUAAGUCGCCGGCGAGAUCAAACUGGCGAGAAAACCCCUCUUUUCCCGUUUCCAGUAGCCUCGGCUAGGCCUCGCCAGUUUGGUCCCUCGCUCCAACACCUCGCCCAACCCAGCGAGUACGGAAGGCUCGCUCCAGACCCUCUCCCUGAAAAUAGAUCGGCGGCGGAAUAUUUCUCACUCCGACGAGUCAAAUCCGCUUGCUCCUGCGAGGUGGGUAUUAAGGUGCGAUCUCUCUCUCUCUCUGAAUGGUUUUGAGGUGCUGCGAGGUGGGUUUUUUCGGUGAGGAUGUUGGUGGGUUUGGUUGCCGUUGUCGUCGAUUAAGCGGUGGUGGAGCUACCAUUAUGGAAUUGACUACUUGAGGAUGACAUUGGCGAAGAUCCAGCGUGAACGGGGUGGAGGAGGAGGGCGACGGUGGUGCAGAUCAAGUGGGUUUGCAGAUUUCGGAGAGAUAGAGAUGAAUUUGGUAUUUGUGCAUUUCUUGGUUCUGGGUUUGCAGGAAUUUUCGAGGUGAGAGAGAAAGAAAAAGAAAGAGAUGGGUUGUAAUCUGGUACAAGUGGAGUUUGGAUGACUUCAAAAGCCUAGGAUGUUGGAUACCCGUAUGUUAAAUGGCUAGCUAAUGGGACUUUUCCUAGGCAUUUUGGCUAGAACUCUUUUGAGGCUCCUGGAGAUGCUCUAACACCCAAAAAACAAACGCUAAUUCCAUACCCAUCUCUCUCUUUCUCUCUCCCUCUCUCUGACUCUCUCCAGAACUCCCCGCCUUACCAAUAAUGUCAAGAGAAACCCAGACAAUCGAGACCGCCGAUGGAAUCAAACUCGACGCCAGGAUCUUCAGACCACCAACACAAGAGGAAAACCCAAACCCAGAACCUGAAUCAGAAGAGGAAGGCUCUUUGGCAAUCGUGCUGGUCCAUCCCUACUCGGUGCUGGGCGGAUGCCAAGGCCUGAUGAAGGGCAUCGCACUUGGCCUCGCCCGCAGAGGAUUCCACGCCGUUACCUUCGACAUGAGGGGCGUCGGUAAGUCCUCCGGUAGGCCUUCUCUCACCGGAUCCUCUGAAGUGCGCGACGUCGUUUCUGUGUGCAAAUGGGUCGCCCAGAAUUUCAGCGUGAGACGAAUUUUGUUGGUGGGUUCCUCUGCAGGUGCUCCAAUUGCUGGCUCAGCAGUCGACCAGUUAGACAAAGUCGUGGGUUAUGUGAGUUUGGGUUAUCCUUUUGGUCUCACUGCCUCCAUUCUCUUUGGAAGACACCACAAAGCCAUUCUACAAUCUCCUAAACCGAAGCUCUUUGUUAUGGGUACCCGAGAUGGAUUCACUAGCGUUAAACAAUUGCAAAACAAAUUGAAAUCUGCCGCAGGUCGUGUUGAAACUCAUCUUAUCGAAGGAGUAAGCCAUUUCCAAAUGGAAGGACCAGAAUUCGAUGCUCAGAUGGUCGAUCUAAUUGUUCGAUUCGUUAGGUCAUUGUCCAAUUUGGCUAGCCCACUUGCUCUUGAUCAACUUGCUGAUGAAUGAACAAUUGCACAAGUCCUAGGUGUUGAACUUUGUACUUGGCACAAGAGAUGGUGACAUUUGAUAAACCUCAUCUGGUAAAGUUCCUCCAACGAGGCUUCCGGAGAAGGUGGGUCUCAAGUGGAUGGAGACACGAGUCCUGCUUUGUCCAAGUGUCUAAUCAAGAGUGUUUAAGAUCAAGUGUCAUGUUGAUCUCGGGUGUGCGGUUGUAUGUAGCUCGGAGAUGGGAGCUAUCGGUUAGUCCGUUGUAUCUUGUAUUUUUGUGCUAGCACGAACUAGGAAGUUUACUUGUGGAUUCUGUUGUAUGUUUGUUUGAAUUGCAGAAAUUUGAUUUCAUUCAA